GAAACCGUUAAACGAUUUAAUCCCCGACCGUAACAUUCUGUGCUACUGUGCUACUAAUAAAGUCUCAAGUCUCGUGUACAUCGAGUCAUUCUGCCUUCAAUGCUGCAAUGCGGUAUUAAUCCGCCAGGUGGCGUUCCUAAAACCAUAACACAAAAUGGCGGUCUAUUGAUUUGAUUCAUUCCACGUGAGCUCACGUAUUUUAUGAUAAAGCAGGCAUGAAGAAGCUGGUUAUCGGUAUUGGAGGAGUGAGCAAAUGGUGGCAAGACCACAUUGAGCAGCAGGUUGGAGGAAGUCCUGCCCAAUUGCUACACGUUGCACCAGGACAGUUACGGCAAGUGUAUCCAAUGGUGGGAAGACCACCCUAAGCAGGAGACUUGUGGCAGCCAUCCCAAACUCUCGUCUCAUGCACCAGGAUACCUACUUUAAGGAUCCCAAAGAUGUCCUGAUCGAUCCUGACCAUGGCUGGAUGAUGUGGGAUGAUUUGACAGCUCUACAUAAUGAUGUGAUGAUGAAGGAUGUGAAGAGGUGGUUGGAGAACCCGGCUGCUUUCAGCCAAUCACCAUCCAGCACUGGGGACAGGACCGAUGUACAUGUCCUACUGAUAGAAGGCUUCCUCAUCUAUAACUACAGACCAUUGGAAAAACUGUUUGAUGCAAGAUACAACUUUGUUUUACCAUUUGAAGAGGCAAAAAGGAGAAGACUCUCCCGUACUUACGAACCCCCAGACCCUCCCAGUUUCUUUGAUGGCCACGUGUGGCCCAUGUACCUCAAGUUUAAGAAAGAACUUGACGAUCUCAACAUACAGACCGUUGACCUUGAUGGUACGAAACCAGUGGAGGAAAACUUGGAGAGACUAAAAACAGACAUUCUAGAUAUGAUCAAACACUUAAAGGACAACAAUAUAUGAUGCAACAUAUUUUUAUUGCCAAAAAAAGCCACAUUUGUAUUGCAAAAAGCCACAUUCGCAUUGCAAAAGCCUAGUAUUAAUAUUGCCAUGGUCUCAUCCACACAGUACAAUACAGUAAGUCUAAGUGUAAAAAUCACCUACAACUUUCUUAGUUGGCUGCCAUAGGUGAUUGUCUGCAUAUAAACAAUUUCUUGCGCUUAAGCAGAACCUAAUUGUUCUUGUAUAUGCUAAUGAAUUAGACAUACAAAUUGAUGUAUGCCCAUACUAUCUUGUGGCCACUCACAUAUAUGGCAACACUAUAUAAAUAGGUACAUAAUGAGUAUGUUCCAGCACCCCUGCCCAAUGCACACACAUAAUGUUGGUUACAACAGUGUUGUGUUACAUCAAAAAGGAGUCCUUAUGAGCAUGUGUAUCAUAAAACAGAACUACAUGCAUAUAUCACAAGCAUCUUUUUAAAUAUAAAACACAAAAGCACCAAUAAAAUUCAACUUGUGUACAUAUUGAUAAACUUUGUAUACGAGUAAAAGUUUUGAAUGAAACAUACAUCCAUAAUGAUACAAUCAUAAAAUUAACUUGAGCAAAGGCAAAGGAAGGGAAUAAAGAUAUUGCAUAUUCUAAUUUCAUUAUGCACUUCAAUCACUAGCUGGAACAUAUCACAGUGGCAUUUGGCGAAAUUCUUUCCAAUAUACUAUAUAUACAUAUGAGUUCAGCCCGAUACUUUGACACAUUCAUGAUUGCAUAAAAGAGGUGAGUAGUUUCCAUCAUGUCAAGUA